GCGCAGCCCGAGCAUCCAAAUGUCUGGCAUGCUGUCAUGUAGGACUCAAAGGCAUGUCGUCCGACGACUGUACGAAUUUUAUUCCAGAAGCAAAAAUUAUUCAACGCAACCUGAGAAGGGCACCUCUAGGCUACCUAAACCCAGACUGGACUAUCGCGGUCUCGUCGAAGACAUUAGUUUCAAGUCUCAUAACGCCUUCAAUCGAAAGGCACCACUUCCUAAUGGGGCCCUGCAGUCUAUCGCGCGUCUCUAUGCUGAUCAGAAAGCAAUCGCAACUGCUCUAAAUGCGAAACGCCAUGCACAGUCCACAAUUGGAGACCACAUACGCGCUAGCUCCGGAGACCCGGAAGCUAAGAAAGCAGCCCUGGAGGACGCCAAAUUUCUGAAGUCAGAAAUCGUGCACUUGGAGGAAGAACUGACUGCAACUGAAGACCGAUUGCUUGCACUAGCACUCGCGGUUCCGAAUGAUACGCACCCAUCGUCGCCUAUUGGACCUGAAGACGCCGCUUCUGUCUUGUCCAUUCAUGGUCCAGAACCGAUACCUGCAUCUUCGUCCAGGGACCAUGUGAGCAUCGCCCGGUGUCUCGGCCUCUUUGAUCUCGAGGCUGCGGCGACGGUUACAGGGUCCUCCUGGUAUUAUCUACUCAAUGAAGCAGCAUUACUCGAGAUGGCCAUAACGAAUUACGCGAUGUCUAUGGCUAUUGCACACGGGUUUACUCCGGUCACUACUCCCGACGUUGUCAGUCUAGACAUCGCACGCAGGUGCGGGUUUACCCCGCGGGACCCGCAAUCGAGCUCUCCAACCUCACAAAUGUAUCAUAUUACUCAGCACCCCGGGGCCGAGCAGGAGGGCCACCAUCCAGAACUUGUUCUUGCGGGUACCGCUGAAAUCCCGUUGGCCGGUAUGUUCGCUAACAAAGUGCUAAACUCUCGCGAGCUACCGGCCAAGGUCGUAGGCCUCGGCAAAGCCUUCCGAGCCGAAGCAGGUGCUCGAGGGGCAGACACCAGGGGUUUAUACCGAGUCCACCAGUUCACGAAACUAGAGCUAUUCGUCGUGACUACGCAGGAACAGAGCGAGCAAAUGAUGGACGAAAUGAAACAGCUGCAGACCCAAAUCUUCGAAGGACUUGGACUGACAUUCAGGGUGCUUGACAUGCCUACAGAGGAACUGGGUGCAAGUGCCUAUCGCAAAUAUGAUAUGGAGGCUUGGAUGCCAGGUCGUGGUUCUUGGGGAGAGAUUUCUUCCACCUCGAACUGCACGGACUACCAGUCUCGGCGCCUUCACAUCCGAUAUCGCCCGGAAUCGUUAUGCUCGUCAUCAGAGCCCAAAUCCUCUUCUCCCGCAGGACCAAAGACGCUUCCGUUUGCCCAUACUCUCAACGGCACUGCCGCAGCCGUACCCCGGCUCAUCGUCGCUCUCCUAGAAAAUGGCGCGCGUUUUGACAAAGUGGGGAACGUCGUGGGGUUAAAUCUUCCAAAGGCGCUUCAGCCUUUCUGGGUAGGGGCUAUUAAUAGUGAACGGGAUAUCAUCCGCUGGGUGUAA